AUGAAUAAUUAUUAUAAAGGGGAGAGAUGCUUGUGUGUCGAAGGGGUCUUAUUAAAGAAUAAUUUCAAUUGUGCUUUCUUUUUGUUUUAUGGUGCUCAUGAUAGAGGGGAAAAACUUGUUGUGUGGGAGGAGUUGAGCUAUGUUGCUGGCUUAUGUCAGUCCCCUUGUUGCUUCAUGGGAGAUUUUAAUGAGAUCGUCUAUAUAGAGGAAAGAAAAGGUGCAGAUAGUUUAACAGUAGCUGCUGAAGAGUUUAAAAAUUGGAUACAAGAUAUGCAAUUAGUGGACCUGCCGCUUAAUGACCGUAAGUAUACGUGGUUUAGAGGCUGUUCAUGUAGUUGGAUUGACAGAGUAAUGGUCAGCCUGGAAUGGGUUGAGGAGUUCCCAGAGACUCGAUUAAGAGGAGGACGAAGGGGUUUGUCAGAUCACUAUCCUUUGAUAAUAGAAGAUACCAAGAUAAGAGACGGCCCAAGACCUUUUAGAAGUCUUGACUCAUGGUUUACUCAUGAAGGUUUCCUAAGAAUGGUUAAAGAGGAAUGGAAGGGUUUAGGGGAGAUAAAUUUCACAGAGAAAUUAAAGGCGUUGACAGCUCCUCUGGGGAGAUGGCACAAGGACAACUUUGGGGGCAUGGAUAGGAAAAUUCUGCAGCUCGAGGAAGAUAUAAAGAAGCUGGAUGAUAAAGUAAGUAGCGGAGUGCAUGAUGGAACAGUGGAGGCAAGAAGGAAAGCGUUGGUGACCUGCUGUGAGAGAUGGUAUGUCAAAAAAGAGUUCCAGUGGAAACAAAUGUCACAAUCUCGGCAUGCGAAGGAUAUAGACAAAAACACCAAGUACUUCCACCAAAUAGCUUCCGCUAGAAGGCGGAAUAAUAGGAUUGAUGCUUUGAUGAUCAAUGGGAGGUUGGUUAGGAACUCAGCUAGAAUAAAGAUUGCUAUCAAAGAGUUUUAUAAACAGUUGUAUUAUCAAGAGGAGUCUCCUAAGGUGGGCUUCAGUGAUGGAUUGGUGACAAGGAUAUCUGAAGAGGAGUCUGUGGAGCUAGAGGUUUAA